CCGUGCAGCCUAGAGGGGCGUUGGGCGCUCUCGCUCGCUUCCGCAUCGGCUUUCCUCUACCAGCUUUUCGGUGUUCGGAGAGGGAGAGCGUGGGUUCCAGCGAGUUCUACGUGCAAGGUCCGCCCGGCGUCGGCUUCCUCGCUUUCCCUGGCGGAUUGUCAGCGCCCCCCUCCCCUGAACGCGGGCCCAGUGUCGACUCACCCCCCGCCUGACUCGGAGCUCGGUCGCUUGGGCCUCACAGAAGCCGCCCGAGGUGGUUGCGCGGGCCUUCUAGAGCCCAGGUCCAGCAGGGAUCCCUGCUCGCCGAGGCGUGAUCCUCUUUUCUGUCCUAAAGAACUUGGCCCAGCAGCUUCCCGCGCCCACUACCGACGUUUCUGUUUGGGGUCUCUGAUUCUCUGGGUGGAGAUCCAGGUCGGGUCUCCGGUCAGCAUCACCCACUGGAACACAGAGUAUUUUACUGUUAAUCCCGCAUCUUGCCAUCUCUGUCCCUCCUUUCCAUUGGCCCAGUUUUGGGGUCAACGUCAUGGUUCCUGUAAGCGCGCUUUUAGGUUCAGACCCAACAUUGUAGGGAUAGGAUUCGUCUUGGAUCCCUCAGUCCGCCUCGUGUGAAUGGGCUCAGGAACACCCUUGCACUGAGCAGGCAGAUGGAAGAUUGUCUUGAGGACCAGGCAGAGCAGAUCAUGAGCUCCCAAGGUUCUUGCUUUUCCAAAUCAAGAAGACAGUGCACGAAGCCAGGGGACAUCAGCCAUGCUUCAAACAUCUUGGUCUCAGGAGCCAGUGACUUUUGAGGACGUGGCUGUGUACUUCACCCAGAACCAGUGGGCCAAACUGGACCCCACGCAGAGGGCCCUGUACCGGGAGGUGAUGCUGGAGAAUUAUGCGAAUGUGGCUUCCCUAGCAUUUCCAUUCCCCAAACCUGAUCUGGUGUCCCAGCUGGAGAGAGGGGAAGUGCCAUGGGGCCCAGAUCCCUGGGAAGCAGAGGUUUUGAGAGGCAUCUGUCCAGGUGGGGGGUCCCGGAUCAAGAAGGAGGAGCCAGCUGUAAAGCAGGAAGCCUCUGAGGAGCCAGAGGUGCCCAGAACGCCUGGAGGAGGGCUUCUCAGAAACGUUUCCCAGCACUUUGAUUUUAAAAGCAAGGCGACCUGGCAGACUUUCAGUCUGAAUCCGAAUCUGAUACUUCGGGGUGGAAUGAAGUUCUACGAAUGUAAAGAAUGUGGGAAAAUCUUCAGAUAUAACUCAAAGUUGAUUCGGCACCAGAUGAGUCAUACUGGGGAAAAGCCCUUCAAAUGUAAGGAAUGUGGCAAAGCUUUUAAGUCCAGCUAUGACUGUAUUGUACACGAGAAGAACCACAUUGGAGAAGGGCCCUAUGAAUGUAAGGAGUGCGGCAAGGGUUUGAGCUCCAACACAGCCUUGACUCAGCAUCAGAGGAUCCAUACUGGAGAGAAACCAUACGAAUGUAAGGAGUGCGGGAAGGCCUUCCGUAGAAGCGCAGCCUAUCUUCAGCAUCAGAGAUUGCACACUGGAGAGAAGCUCUAUAAAUGCAAGGAAUGUUGGAAAGCUUUUGGAUGUAGGUCACUUUUUAUUGUCCAUCAGAGAAUUCAUACAGGGGAGAAGCCCUACCAGUGUAAGGAGUGUGGCAAGGCCUUCACUCAGAAGAUAGCUUCCAUCCAGCAUCAGAGAGUCCAUACCGGCGAGAAGCCCUAUGAGUGCAAGGUGUGUGGGAAAGCAUUCAAAUGGUAUGGCAGUUUUGUCCAGCACCAGAAAUUGCACCCUGUGGAGAAGAAGCCCGCCAAGGUUCUUGGGCCAUCCCUGAUGAGUCCCCCAUGCCCUUCCUCAGCCUUUGCUGCCGUUCCUGUCCAGGGCCCAUGCUCUGCUCCCACCAUGGCCAUGCCUUCACUGACCUUUCCACAUGCUGUCCUCAUUCCUACCUCCGGGCCUUUGUUCAUGCUACUGCCUGCCCCUGGAACGCCUUCUUCACCUGUGCAAAUAGUGCGCGUCUUCCAGGGCCUUCCUCCCACUGUGAAGCCGUCCCCAGUUAUUCUGGCCCCUUCUCCUCACGCCUCCUGAGCUUCAUCUCAGCACUUUUCUAGCUCUCAGGCCCAGCAGGUCUUCAGCCUCACUUGACUUUCAUUUGUAUAUAUUUUUUUAACUUUACAUGCAUUACCAUUGUUUCAGCAUAAACUCCAUUAUAAUCUAUAUAAUAUUGAAAGACCGUGUUUAUGUACUUUCUUCCAGCUAGAAAGUGAAACUACCUGACCUUUGCACUGGUCUCUUUCAGGCUUGAACAGUCAUGGCUGUAUCUGCACUGUAGGUGUGGGGGUGGGGUGCAGGUGUUAGAAGUGCUGGCAGGACACUUGGUUGCAUUAGAGUGUCUGGGAGAGGGGCCUCCCCUGUGCUGGGCCAUUGUGGUUAAAGCCAGGCGGCUUGGGGGAAGCUGAAGAGGCUCACAGGAACUGGCUGUGUGUGUGGGGGGAGCGCUGGAAUCCGCUUCCAGCAGCAGAUUCAGAAAUUAAUGCAGCUUGGUCAGUGGCCUAAGGUGGUCCAUCAACGCAGUCGAAGUCAUGUUGCCCUUGGCAUGGAUCAUUGGGGAUCUCCGGUGUCUGUGCAAAAGAUCGUGUGAAAUAACCAGUGAAAAACUAAUGAAUGCAGUGAUCACAGUCAUUUAUGUGAUUGAUAGCAGUCAUUUAAACGUGUGUGUGUGUGUGUUUUCCUUUAGUUUUGCUCUUGAUAUCUAGAUGUUUCUUUUUAACUUUGGUUUCCUAAGUAAGUACACACCAAAGUAUUCAUCUUUGUCCCAUGUGUUGUGUACAUUUUUCUCAGUGGGCAUUCUGGUGUCUGUUUGCAAGCAUUGGCUUCUACGUUUUAUGUUCUCCAGAUAGCAUGAAUCCUAAAUAUGAAUUUGGUGAAUUAUGAAAGAAAUAACAUCUGUGUUAAGCCAACUAGGGGGAAAUCUGAAUAAGUCUCCAAAAUUAUUUUUUUAGGAAUAGAGUGAGCUGUGUGGUAGGUCAGUGGCUAAACUUCUGUGGGAGGUCAGUGAAGUGGAAUUUUGGAUUGCUCUUAGUUUUGACCUUGAUGGGGAUCUUUUACAGCUAUGCAAAGGACUAUGUGAAGCAAUUUCUGGAAAAAGAAUCUGAGUCCUGCAUUAUCGGCAUUAAUAUUAAGUAACUCCUUAAACAUUGAUGAAGGGGGCCAUACCUUUUAUUCUUUUAAGUUGCUUUUGCUACCUAGAUGUUUCUCCAUAGCAAUUCACAGAAAAACCUUUAAAUUAGUGAUUCUUACACUUUCCCAUAUGUCUGAAUAACCUGGUCUGAAAAGAGUAAUUUUCUGGCCUAACUCCCAGAACCUCUGAUUUUGGAUAUCUGUGGUGACGGCUAGACAUACAGUGAGAGAGAAGCUCUGGGCACAGAGUGGCUGUGGGCUGUUGGAGGUGUGUGUUGAUACAGGGUUUGGGAGGGACUGCCUUCCUGCACAGUGGAUCUUCAAGGCAGAGACCUCUGCAAGCAGUGUGGGUGGCAUUGGUUUAGAAGAAGAGAGAAAAGCAAUUAAAACAUGGCUGAUAGGGAAUGAAGAAAAGGGGCAAAGAGAUAUGAGGUGGCUAUGGGGCAUUCUAGAGGUCUCCACUGCCAGAGGCUGGUUUGCUGGCGUUGACAUUGGCUACCUUUUGCUAUUUGCUUGUUGGCUGAAGUAAUGAAGAAAUAUUUUCAUAUUAGAAAGUUAAUUCCCCUCCAAGGAGCUCUUGGGCUAAAGCGAGCACACAUUGGCUGCUACGGAUGAUCGGGAGCUGAGCAACAGUAAGAACAGGAUGCGUCAGGGGCUGGGAUGUGGCAAGAGGCCGUACUCAGAGCAGUGUUGUCAGGCUUGCGUGGAUCCUUUAGAAAACUGGUUUGAAGCCUUGCAGUUCAGAAAGCCGGGGAUGGUGUCUGGUGGUGGGAAACAAAUUAACUACAAACUAAGGACAAGAAAACAGACCAAAAAAAUCCAAAACACAGUUGGCGAAAACAAGUAUACAACAGAGUUUUUGGUGAAAGUGGUGGUUGAACGUGUUAGCAUUUGCCCUCCUGAAACCCCACUAAAACAGUAAAAGAUUAAAAAUUAAAAGGCACCAACUUACAAGGACAAUGAAAAUAUGAUGCGAAGAGCUUGGAAGCUGGAAGGCGGGUAAAGAUUCUAACUUGGAACGGCCCCCAGAGCAGCCAAGCAGCCAUCCUAGGUGGCAGAUUUCCCACAGAGGCUUGGGAGUUGAGGAUUUAGGUUUCUGUGGAAGUAGAGGAUGCUGGUGGGGCUAAGAACAGGAGAAUUAACUAAGUCUUUAUAAAGCACUUUGAUUCUCAGGUCACCUCCCCUAUCCCUCUGUUCACUGGAGCAGUAAAACAGGAGUUUUGGAGAUCAGGGGUACCAUGCUGAAUGUCAGGCCCUUCUCCCUCACCCUCCGGCCUUCUGCCCCUGCUUCUAUCCAGAAUGCUCUCAACUAGACUUGUGUACCUUCUCAGCUAGAAAUCAGAAGAGCUUUCUUUGGGAGAUUGGAUGAAUCAAGAGAAAAGACAAGUGAUACAUCUCAGAUUCCUCAAUGAAAUGGCUCUCCAGAGAUGUUCCAACUGUGCACAUAGAGCUUCUUAGCAAGGCUCCCCCCUUAUCUAGCCUUUUAUUUUUUUAAUUUUUUAAAAAUUCUAAAGAUUUUAUUUUGAGAGAGGGUGAAUGAGGGGGAGAGGCAGGGGAAGAGGGAGAGAGAGAAUCCAAAGCAGACUCCCUACUGAGUGCAGAGCCCAACGUGGGCCUGGAUCCCAUCACCCAGAGACCACGACCUGAGCUGAAAUCAAGAGUUAGGUGCUCAACUGACUGAGGCACCCAGGCACCCCUCCGUUAGCCAGCCUUUCAAUGAUAUAUUCUUAGAUAUAAACCGAGAGCCAAGGGUAUGAAAGGCCGGAACAAGGGAAAAGUCCACUCGAAAGAGACAAUGGUGGGAAGAAGAAAAUUUAUUCCAAGGUUAGAGAAGAGGUUCACAUCUGUGAAAUGAUAGGCUGCUCCAAAAAAAGGAAAAUUCAGAGAACAAAAAAAACCUUGAAAACUAGAAGUUGAUAUCAGAAAUGAGACUUAGAGUAAGCACUGAAAAAUAAAGGCAAGGGAAUCACCUAGAAAGCAUAGCAAAACAGGUGAAAGUAGCAAAACGAGGAGCAGUGUAGCUGACCUAACAGGUGUUAGAGGGGACUAGGGAAGCAAAUCAAAGAAACGAUGCCAGGCAAUUUUCCAGAAUGGAAGCCUAGGGUUCCGUGCCUUCAUCAGCACGUGUUAAGUACCUUGGAAUAAAGUUACCCCACCUCAGGCCUCCAUGUCCCUCCUGGCAGGAAUGAAGAGGGACUCCAGUCUCAUACCCCAACCUACCAUGCUCCAACCUCAGCCUGCCCAGCCUUCUAGUCCAGAGCCUUGGGGCAGUCUCCGCAUGCGCUGGAUGUUUACCUCAGUCACCACGAGGAGCCCUGACUUCCCAGGAUAAACCCCGUUUCCUGCAAAUUUAAUCCUCCACAUCUCUGCAUUCCCCCUUUUGUCUUCCUUUACCGCUUCAGCUCCUGAAUGACCAUUCUGCUCUCUGUAAUGGCCAGUCCACUAGGUAGCAGUGUCGCCUGUGUGCUUAACCUCUCAACGUGGCCUUUACCUUUGUGCUCUAAUCAGAACCUGCCUGCCCCUUGAGGGUACUGCUGCCCCAGCGCCCUCUGACACGGUGGUCCCCUCUCUCACACAGUGCUGAUACCAGAUAGCCUCUCUUUGCUGACCAUUCUGCACCCCUCCCCUUUCCUAAAAAACCACCUUUGAAUCUCAGGUCAUCAGGCUGUACUGCUGGGCUUCUAGGUCACACCCCUUUAUUUCUGGAAGCUUUCAGUUCCUGGCCUGCUGUCACUCUCUUGAACAUUAUUCUUGUCACAACUCUUGGUGAUUUCAAUAGCUGAUCCCUCCAGUACCUCGCCCUUUCAUUUCCUUCAUGGGCCUCCAUUUUACCUCAGCCUCUCCUCUGAUCAGAUCUUAGACCUUGUUGCUACCAAGCACCUCUCCUCCUUUCUGACCUCAGCACUUUAAAUAUCUUGCCCUCUUAGCUCUUUUCAUUUUUUUAGAAUCCUGAUGCUAACUGUCCUUCACUUCUUUGUGCCUGUGCUUUCUCCUUCGCCCAGCACGAAUUCCAUGCUCAGCUACUGUAACAGUCCCUUCACAGUCUUCCUUAACUCCCUCGUCAUGUUCACCUGGCAAAUCCCACCUCGAACUAAACGCAGUUCUUUGCCUUUUCCGUGCCUGCACCUUUGCUACUGAAAGCGAUCAGGAAGACACACUACCAUGCUCAACUGUUUCACCUGAAGUUCAUGACCAGUAACUGCAAGUGGGCCCUCCAUUCUUCCCGACAGUCAUACAACAUUUCUGGGUCCACGUCACUCCCCCACUGCCCUAGGCCACUAUUCUGUAGCUUCUGUCUUCUUAAUUCUGGGGUAUCUCCUUCUCAGUCUUUGGGUUCAGCUGAUGAUCCUUUCUGCCCUCUGCCAGGAGAACAGGUAAGCUCCAGAGAGCCUAGGUGACAUGUGGGGAAGACAAGUGGAGCCAAGUUGGGCCCAGAAUUGCUGUGGCCACCUCGUCUUGCCCAUCUACCUUCCAGCUUGCGGUAUCUGGUUUUCCACCACCAUAUUCUCAAUCACUAACACUAAGGACUUCCACCUCUAAGGUUCACCCCCACAGCAGCCCACUUCUGGUUCCUAAUUCUGUGUGGGCCAGUCCUCGGUUGCUGACGGCAGAUCCAACUCCACUAGUUUAAGUGCAAAGUGAUUUGUCACAUAUUCCUAGUUAACUUACAGAAUUUCCAAGAGGGAACCAAGGUAGAAUGUCCCAUAGGCAGAAGCCAAGAAAAACAACCAACAAGGACAGUACCAAAUGGUUCUAGUGGAAACCCAGCUGCUGCUGGUGUCUGCUACUGGACUGUCCCCUACUCCUGUUGAAGAGAGGGAUUGAACCACCAGGAGGUUUCUACAUAUUCUGGAGAAAAAGCAAGUACCUGCACAACUAUGUUGGUAGGAGACCAUAGGGCACCGUGAUCUUCUGUCUUCUGCAAGGGUGCACCUGCCACUGAAGUUGGUUGUAUAUGUACAUCUGUGUAGCAAGGGCUUCUGGGAAAUACUUUUUGGAUACUACCUAGGGAAAUGAGCUUUAUAAGGUGAAGAAGUCCUAAAAUGGGGAAAGGAUUUUCAGAAUAUUUUGGGCAGCCAUAAAAUAUUGGAUAUCCAUUACAGGCACAGAAGAUGAUUGAAAUGACUGAGGGAUCACUCUACUCGUGGGUGGGGAGAUUGGUGCCACCAAGAUUUCAACUUUUGCCAAAUGAAUUUAUAAAUUAAAAGCAAUUUCAACCAAAAUUGCAAAGGGGAUUGUAUAUGGGACCUGACAAACUGAUGCUUAAGUUUAUAUAGGAGAGCAAAGGACAAAGAACAGUGAAGACAAUUUUGAAGAGCAAGGUGGAAGAUUUUGUUCUUCCAGAUAUUAAAUAUCAUGAUCAUUGAAAAGAACAAAACAAAGGAAAACUCCCCAAAAUCUAAGUUAUAAAAAUAAAUACACUGUAAUAUGAUUUGCAUAAAUUAAAAAAAUCUAAGCCAAAAAUACGCCUUUUAGUAAUAUAUAAAUUUUAUACAAAAUAUACAUACAAAAUACAAAGUUAGAAAUGAGAUCUACAAGCAUCAGUGGCAUAGGAUCCUCCUUCAUUUCUCUCUUACUAUUUUUCUCAUUUUGUCCCCAAUGCCCAGAACCCAGUCCCAAAUGCUGCUCACCAGUUGUCCAACACCCUUCACUGUUGCCAUCUCUUUCUUGUCUGAAAACAAGUCAGAUAUUUUGUUUCUAAAAUAUCUUGAGUUAGGGGCACCUGGGUGGCUCAGUUGGUUAAGCGUCUGCCUUCUGCUCAGGUCAUGAUCCCAGGGGCCUGGGUUUGAGCCCCCCAUUGGGUUCCUUGCUCAGCCAGGAGUCUGCUUCUCCCUCGGGCUGCCACUCCCCCUGCUUGUGCUUGCUCUCUCUCUCUCUGACAAAUAAAUAAAAUCUUUAAAAAAAAACCUUGAGUUAAUGAUUCUCAAAGUAUGAAAUGUGGUCUUUUAAUCUCUCUGUAAGUAGAUCAGUACUAAUAUCUUACUUCAUGACUGUCCAGAAGUUAUGUAAUUUGCUUUAAACUAAAAAUCAUAUAAUUUUAGGGGUCCCUCGGUGGCUCAGCUGGUUGAGUG